GCAAACCUGGGGUUGCGGCGGCUAAAGAUUGCGGAGGAAUUCUUGUCCCUUGCGAACUGGAACAUCCUGAAGCAUCCGCAGGCCUCAUCCUCCAUGAUGUCGAACCUCCAGCGAAACUUUGGCCGCCUUUACGCGGCACAGCAGCGCUACAAUGAGGCAGGCAUCUGA